AUGUUCGGCCUUCCUGUAUCAACAAAUAACAAUGUCUUUGUCUGGCCCUUCAGGCACUUUGUAACAUACGAGUCACAGAUCAGGCAGCGCCUCGACACGGAGAACGCUCCGAUUGGAGAGAUGAAGCAUUUUAGAAAAAGGAAUAGAGCCUCUGUUGCGUUUGAAGCACAUGGGCAGGCCGUGAACACAAUCUAUGGAGCCGAUGACGAAGACGGCGCCGAGGGGAAUCAAGAUGACAAAAAGUACGAGGCUGCCAUUAGACUUUCCGGCCAGCUCAAGUGCCGGGUCCAGUUCAUGGACGAGGACAUGAAGGAAAUAUUCUUCAUUAAAAAGAAAAUCGCGGAUAGCAGGUUACGCAGCCGGGAGUGUGUCCAUUAA